CAACAUGGAUGUCGUCUCGACAUACUGAGUGUGCUCUGAGUGACCUCUGAGUGUAAGGAGUUUGACUCUUUCUUUGAUCAAAUUCUUAUUCAGAGAAUCACUGAAAACUAACUCGUAAAUAUAAAAAAAAAACAUCAAUGCUGUUUUCCAUAAAUUAGCCAAAGCAUUGUCACAUUAAACCAAUAGAAGGUAGACACCUCAUGAGCAUAGGAAGUUGAUAAUUGAACAGUUGACAUAGCUUUUGUUCAACCAAUCGAAGUCGGUUCCUAGUGAAUGUGAGCAGUUUUUAUAAAAACCCUUUCAACGGGAACAAAAGAAGCUCUUUCUUUCGAUUGCCAGGGAAGAUGUGGUGAAGAGAUUUGUCGGAUUUGACCUAAAAAAGAAGCUGACAGUUGGUUAGCGUGAGACCUUCAAACAUAAAUGUCCAUGACAAAGAUCCUUAGGAUGUCUGUGUAAUUCAACUUCUCUCUGUUUGGUGUAGCUUUGGCUUUAGGUAUAUAAUUGCACAGGACACGAGAACUAAUUAAAAAUGACGAUGAGAACAAAGACUACCGCUACAGAUGAGAAGAAAGAACCUUCUGGCAUAUUUUUUUGUAACUGCCUCAGAAAAUGCGUUGCAUACCUGCUAGCUCCUGCAGAUCCUUCCAACCUUGGUGUUUUCAGGAUAGUGUUUGGAAUCCUCAUGAUGAUUGACAUUCCACAAGAGCGUGGCAUGUCCAGCAUUUUUAACAACUGGCAACCAGAUAAGUGUCAUUUUCCCAUGUUUAACUUCCUUCAGCCAGCUUCUGUAGAAUGGAUGCAUGUCAUUUACGUGAUCAUGUUUCUUGGUGCUAUUGGAAUAUUGCUGGGGUUAUUCUACAGGCUCAGUUGCAUCAUGUUUAUGAUACCAUAUUGGUACAUAUUCCUACUGGAUAAAGCAAUUUGGAACAACCAUUCCUAUCUGUAUGGAUUAGUCUCUAUAAUGCUUCUAUUGACAGACUGUCAUCACUAUUGGUCACUGGAUGGAUUAAGAAAUCCAAAGAUUCGCAAUGCCCAUGUACCUAAAUGGAAUUAUGCCAUCUUUAGAUUUCAGAUAUUCCUGGUUUAUUUCUUUGCUGGUAUAAAGAAGCUAGAUCGGGAUUGGAUGACUGGCUAUUCCAUGACAGGAUUGUCCAGCAAGUGGGUCUUCGAUCCAUUCCGUUCAUUCUUGUCAGAUGACGCCAUUGACCUUUUUCUUGUGCACAUCUCUGGUCUUUUCUACGAUCUUUUCGUCGGUUUCUUUCUGAUAUUCGAGCGUACUCGAGUCAUGGGAAUUCUUUUUUCUUUGGCUUUUCAUGGCAUGAAUUCACAAAUGUUUAGCAUCGGCAUGUUCUCUUACACCAUGAUGGCAUCCCUCACUCUGUUCUGUUCCUACAACUGGCCAAAGAAAAUCCUGUCACGCCUGCCACACUGGAUGGGCUUUGCUACACCUUUGCUUGACGAGGCUGCGCCAAGUGAUAGCUGUUUAUAUUCACCCGAAGCAAACGAAGAAAAGCUUGACAACCAGACGGUAGAGAAAAAAGAAAAGAAAAACACAGGAAGAAAACCCAACAAAACUGACCAAGUUACGGUAUCUCAUAAGAUACUGUUAGCUUUGUUUGGAUGUUAUGUUGGAAUCCAGUGUUUUCUACCUUACUCGCAUUUCAUUACCAAGGGGUACAACGGAUGGACCGAGGGUCUUUAUGGAUACUCCUGGGACAUGAUGGUCCAUUCUUGGAGCACCCAGCACGUACGAAUCAAGGUUGUCGAUGGAGUUACUGGAAACGACGUGUUCAUCAGACCUGGGGCUUAUAUCGGAGGCGGCAGAAGGCGUCAUUCCAGGUGGAACUCUCACCCCGACAUGAUCAAGCAGUACAUGACGUGCUUGGCCGAAAAGAUCAAAGAGCGUGAGGAACUCAACAUAACUAAACCAGCUAUAUACCUUGAUGUGUGGCGUUCUCUCAACCGAAGAUUCCAGCAACGGUUUUUGGAUCCAAAUAUUGACGUCGUCACUGCUCCCUGGUCACCCUUUGCGCAAACUACUUGGGUUCUGCCUCUGUUGUCCGAGCUCUCACCUUGGAGAGAGAAACUGGAAGCGAUACAAAGAGAACAGCUAAACACGUCUGUAGGAAACUUUACUGAUAUCGUGUUUGUUGCAGAUUUCCCGGGAUUAAAGCUGGAAAACUUCGUCAGCGAAGAACUGAACACUUCRAUAACGGUCCUUCACGGAACGGUUAAGAUCGAAACAAACAAUGAAAAUUUUACUUUGGGUAAAAAUGAAGAGAUGAAACUCCCUGCUAACGAUACUCACGUGGUAUACACAGUGUCUGAGACUCCAGCCUGUUGGAUGUAUGUAUAUCUUAAUACAACUCUAAUGAAGAAUGAAACUUUAAAACAGUGGAUUACAGAUCCAGGAACACGACCCUCCGCAAGAAGAAAAGAAGAGUGGCAAAGGAAAUCGAUGAUCGAAAAAUGUCGUGAAUUUGCCUAUGAAAAGUACAUGGUGUUCUCGGUUACUUUCUGGAAUUCUUACUACGCUAUUGGCCAUUUAGCAUUCGGUUUGGAGUAUCCCGAGGAGGAUGAAGACGUGGAAAUACAGGAUGGUUCCGUACCUCAAGAAACAGAAGCCAACAGUCAUAUCAGUUCGUCUCAAGAAGACAGUGCAGCUUCAGGUAGUGACGGCAGUGUUCAGUCGCAAAACAGUGAUACUAACCAAGACGCUAACCAAACUGAAGCGAGUAUACUACAGAAGUCACGACACGAAGAAAAAGAAACACUACCGAACUCCAAAAAAGAACUUUAAAACAAUUGAGUAUUUCACAAAGCCAUUUGUCGAAUAUUCUAAAAUUCUUAGUUACUCAGUGUUAGAAAGAUCAUGAUGAUGCAGACGAUACCGUCACGGUACGGAUUACUGAAAAUCGGUCAAACCAACUUGAACAGGACACGGGAUCCAAAACGUACAUUUCUUUCAAAUUCAUUACGAAAUCUGUCAGAUUGAGUUUAGUCGCUACAUAUUCGCGUUCUGUCAGAAAUGAAUUUGCAGGUUUUAACAUGAAAUUGUUACCAAUAAUUAUAAUAAUCAAAACCCUUUUUUGCGGAAUAACCGUGUAUUUUAAACAGUGUAAACAUUUUAAAAUCUUGGAUCGAGAAUUUGAUGUAAAAGUAAAAAAAUAAAAGUA